CUCGUUCCCCUGGGUUGGGGACUCUCUGUCACGGAAUCUCCCGACCAGGAAGACCACCCUUCUUCUUCCUAUCCUUCACAAUCCCUCGAAACCCUAAACCUAACCCUAAUUCUCCCUCCUCCUCACCUCCCUUACCUUCUCCCUUCUCUCAGGAUGAGCAAUCUGAGAGUAAUUUGCCGCCCCCACCCGGCCAUCUCCUCCUUUAUCUACUGCUAUAGAGGCCACGCCCGCCUUGGGUUCACCUCCUCCUCCCGAAAGUCCAGUUUCCGGAUCCCUUCCCCCUCGGCCGCCUCCUCUCCUUUCGUCCUCGAUGACUUCCCGAGGAUGGCGCCGGCGUCCCGCGCCAAUCCCAGGAGGACUCUCACCAGGGUUUCCAAUUGGAAUUCCGAGAAAUCCCCCUACGAGACCCUCGAGCUGGAAAGAGAUGCUGAUGAGGAAAAGAUAAAGGUUGCUUACAGGAGAUUGGCCAAAUUUUAUCACCCAGAUGUGUAUGAUGGUAGAAGGACUCUUGAGGAAGGAGAAACAGCUGAAUCUCGAUUUAUUAAAAUUCAAGCUGCCUAUGAACUGCUAAUAGAUGAGGAGAAGCGGCGGCAAUAUGAUAGAGAUCACUAUGUCAAUCCAAUGAAGGCUUCUCAGGCAUGGAUGGAAUGGUUGAUGAAAAAGCGGAAAGCUUUUGAUCAGAGGGGUGAUAUGGCUGUUGCAGCUUGGGCUGAGCAACAACAACGUGAGCUGAAUAUUCGUGUUCGCCGUCUCUCUCGGUCAAAGAUUGAUCCUGAUGAAGAGAGGAGGAUACUGGCGAAGGAGAAGAAAGCAUCGAUGGAAUACUUCACCAAUACAUUGAAGAGACAUACGCUUGUCCUAAGGAAGAGGGAUUUGAUGCGGAAAAAGGCGGAAGAAGAAAAGAAAAAGGUCAUAGGUCAGCUUCUAGCUGCCGAAGGCCUCGAGCUUGACACAGAUGAUGAUGAGGCUAUCUGAAAAUGUUCAUAAAGAUCCUGUUCAUCACUUGGCAAUUGGAAACAGCUGCUUGAAGGAUCCAGCCGAUACUCUUCUACGAUCAUGCAAUACAAUAUGUGCAAGUGUUGUAUAUUCAAUUAACAGGAAAGGAAAAGAAAGGUAGGAAGAUCAUUUCAAUGAUUCUUAUUUAUUUGGUUGGAAAUUGAUGGAAAUCAGUUUGUGGCUUCCACU